GCAGACACUCUCUUCGUGGCUUGUGCAUCAGUUUGCCAUGCCAUCACUAUUCCUGCGCCCACCAGCCUCCCCCCCCGCCUCACGCCCGCCUCCUCUCACAGGCACUGACACACAGGCGACCAUACGCGCACACACGCGCACAAGCACACGCACACUCACAAGCACACGCACAGUCGCACACGCACACUCGCACAUGCACAAUUCCACACACAUACGAAAGCACUAACGAAUUGUUCUGUCAAUGACAUCUGCAUCAGGAGGAGGAGAAUAAAGAAUAAGGACGAGAAACAGCAGUAGCAGCAACGUCAGUGACAUCUGCAUCAGGAGGAGGAGAAUAAAGAAUAAGAACGAGAAGCAGCAGCAGCAGAAGAAGAAGAAGAAGACGAAGAGGAAGAAAAGACGCACAUAGACACACAUGCACACACGGGCACAAGCAACAAGCACGCGAACGGUUCAGUCAGCAACACCUGGAGAGAGUCAAUACCAAGAAGACGGCAAAGAAGACGAUGAAAGGGGAAGAAGAGCAGGAGGAAAAAAUGUGUGCUCGCUCCAUCAUUGAUGCAUCGGUCGCAAUACCUUUGUCUGCUCACAAUGGAGCGAUGAGCGACGGCGCAAAUGCGUGUGAUGGCACGACGCGUACGCUGAAUCCUGGCGUGCCCGCGGGUGUGCGGGAACUUGCGCACGCCCCCUUCCUCUCCAUCUCCUUCUCUCAUCAGUUUUCCCUCGUCGCGGUCUCCCAUCCCGAUCAACCGAUUCUAGCCUCGACGCGUUUCGCUAAUGGCUUCCUUGCGGCCGUCCACAUCGCCUACGAGAACCAGCUUCGACUAAUCCUGCGUCCGGAGGACUUAUGGCUGGUCAUUGUGCAGGGAGUGGCGGCUUGCGCCACUCACGGCAAGGAAGCGGAAGCCCUUCGCCUCGUGAUGGGGGGCGGCGGCGGCGGCGGCGGCGGCAGCAGCAGCGGCGUAGUCGUAGUCCAGGUCGCCGGCGAUGACAACUUGCCCUCGAGGCCGCAAAACGGGCGCCCUUCUCGUCUUCAUUCUCCUCCUGCUGCUUCUUCUCUCACCUCUGCCGCCACGGCUAUGGAUAAGGGUAUGGAUAUGGAUCGGGAUCGGGAUAUGGAUAUGCUUUUUGAUGAUGACACAGAGCUGACGGAGGAACCUUGGCCUAUCUUCGCUCAGGCGGUCGCUCGAUCCGCAGGGCAGUUCGCCUUACAUGAUGAUCUGCAGCUCUGUUUACGAGAACGUCCCGCCGAAGGAGGAGGAGGAGAAGGAGGAGGUGGAGGAGGAGGAGGAGGAGGAGACGUUCAUGCUGACGAUGCUGACGACGAAGCUUCAACCCCGACGGGGAACGUAGCAGACUGGCUGAUGAUGGUCUUGGAUUUGCGAAGUAAUGGAAGUAGCUCGGGAAUUCCGUCGAUUACUCUGUUAGGAGAGCGGGAUGAUUGGUUGUUGCUUGAGGAGAAGACACGUCAGCUGCGUGGACUGACCCGAGAGUUGACCACGUGGAUCGACGAGUUGAUGCCGAUUGUGGCGCAGUUCGUGAAAGCAUUCGACGGCGACGUUGAUUUGAGUUUCUGGGAGGGGAUGUAUCAUUACUCGCCGGCGGGACGGAAGUGCAUGGGGUGGAUGCUGAUGCUCUUCCCCCACUGCAAGGCGGGGAAGAGAGGGAAGUCGCCCAUGGACGCUUCGGAUUUGCCCGAUGGGAGUGUUGAUGUCGCGUUCCGGCGGGUCGGCAGACGCAAGGUUAUGACCCUCUCGUCGGGCUUUCUAGGGGUGUACCAGCCUUCGCCGGAUUCCGUUCGACCAUUCGUAGGGUGGAAAAUUGUAUCUGGCAAUGCGUUAGAGGAGAGAGAGAAGAUGGAAAAGAGGAGGAAGCUACCCGCAUGGAUUCAAUGGCGUAUACCGGACCUGAUUCAUUCCCCCCUGCCAUCGAAUUCUGUCGCCGCUCCUUCUUCUUCUUCUUCUUCUUCUUCUUCUUCUUCUUCUUCUUCUUCUUCCUCCCGCUAUCCCUCUCCUUCCCCUGCUGCUGGGAGUACUACUUUCUCCUCCUCUUCCUCGGCGUUAUCCUCUAUCUCCUCGCCCUCCUUCCGCUCUCCCUCCUCUUCUUCCCCUGCUUCUGGGAGCGCUACUUUAUCGUCCUCUUCCUCGGCAUUGCCCUCCCAGUCCUCUCCCUCCUCCCUCUCUCCCUCCUUUUGUUCCCCUGCUGCUCGGAGUACUACGUCGUCGUCGUUGUCCUCCUCCUCCUCGGCGCUGUCCUCCCACUCCUCUCCCUCCUCCCGCUCUGCCUCCUCUCCUUCCCCUGCUGCGCGGAGUACUACUUUCUCCUCCUCCUCCUCCUCCUCCUCCUCCUCGGCGCUGCCCUCCCACUCCUCUCCGUCGUCCCACUUUACCUUUUCUUCCUAUGCUGCUCGGCGUGCUACUUUCUCCUCCUCCUCGUCGGCGUUGUCCUCCCACUCUUCCUUCUCCCGCUCUCCCUCCUGUCCUUCCACUGCUGCUGGGAGUACUGCUGUCGCCCCCUCCUCCUCCUCCUCCUCCUCCUCCUCGGCGUUCUCCUCUCACUCCGUUCCCUCCCGCUCUCCCUCGUUUUCUUCCCCUGCUGCUCGGAGUAAGACUUCAUCGUCCUCUUCCUCGGUAUUCUCCUCCCGCUGUCCCUCCUCUUCUUGCCCUGCUACUCGGAGUACUAUAUCCUCCUCCUCCUCCUCCUCCUCCUCGACGUUCUCCUCUCACUCCUUUCCCUACUUCCGUUCUCCCUCGUUUUCUUCCCCUGCUGCUCGGAGUACGACUGUAUCGUCCUCCUCCUCGGUAUUCUCCUCCCACCCUUCUCCCUCCUCCCGCUGUCCCUCCUCUUCUUGCCCUGCUACUAGGAGUACUAUAUCCUCCUCCUCCUCCUCCUCCUCCUCCCCCUCCUCCUCGACGUUCUCCUCUCACUCCUUUCCCUACUCCCGUUCUCCCUCGUUUUCUUCCCCUGCUGCUCGGAGUACGACUGUAUCGUCCUCCUCCUCGGUAUUCUCCUCCCGCUGUCCCUCCUCUUCUUGCCCUGCUACUCGGAGUACUAUAUCCUCCUCCUCCUCCUCCUCCUCCUCCUCCUCCUCCUCCUCCUCGGCGUUCUCCUGUCACUCCGUUCCCUACUCCCGCUCUCCCUCGUUUUCUUCCCCUGCUGCUCGGAGUACGACUUUAUCGUCCUCCUCCUCCUCGGUAUUCUCCUCCCACCCUUCUCCCUCCUCCCGCUGUCCCUCUUCUUGCCCUGCUACUCGGAGUACUAUAUCCUCCUCCUCCUCCUCCUCCUCCUCCUCCUCAUCCUCCUCCUCCUCCUCGGCGCUGUCCUCCCACUCCUCUCCCUCCUCCUGCUCUCCUGCUGCUCGGAAUACUAAUUCAUUCUGCUCCUCCUCCUCGGCGUUGUCCUCCCACUCCUCUCCCUCCUCCCGCCCUCCCGCUUCGUCUUCCCACGCUGUUCGACGAACUACUUUCUCCUCCUCCUCCUCCUUCUCCGGUUUGUCCUCCCUCUCCGAUCGCUUCUCCCGCUCUCCCUCCUGUCCUUCCCCUGCUGCUGGGACUACUGCUGUCUCCUCUUCGUCCUCCUACUGCUCCUCCUCCUUCUCCACAACGUUGUCCUCCCACUCCUCUUCCCCCCCCCGUGCAAGGAGUACUACUUUAUGCUCCUCCUCCUCCUCCUCUUCCACCAUCACCUCCUCCUCGGCGUUGUCCGCCACCUCCUCUCCCUCCUCCCCAUUUUCCCUUGCUGCUCAGAGUUCUCCAUUCUCCUCCUCUUCCUCUUCCUCCUCUUCCUCCUCUUCCUCCUCCUCCUCCGCAUCCUCCUCCGCGUUGCGCUCCGCCUACCCGUUUCCUCUCCGCUCCACAAGGGUAUCGCCAUUCCUGCCCCCCCCCCCCACAAAAACAACCCCAACCAAUGCGCGCCCUCCCGUCUUGCGGAGGUGGUGACCAAUGGACCAGUGGAAAUUCGGGAUCCAUGCUGUCCAAGAUUUGAAGGGGUGCAUAUGAGUCCGUGGGUGUUCCACGAGCUCAAAGUUUCAAGAGGGUUGUGUGUGUGUGUGUGUGUGUGUGUGUGUGUGUGUGGUCAUGGUCGCUACAGACAACUCCACACACACAAGAAGAAGAUGACUGUCGGCAGUCUUUCACCGACUCAUCCGGAGGUUGAAAGCUUCGACUGACUUCCCGAUUUGGCUGAUGGAUGAGGACUCGCCUCGUCGCCCAGAGUUAGCGAUAUCCCUCAGAAAAGUGGUCGGCUUUACUCACAACAUCUCUGCAAUCCUAGCAGACUCUGUGUGUGUGUGUGUGUGUGUGUGUGUGUGUGUGUGUGUGUGUUGUCAUGUUCGCUGUACAUAACUCCAAGAAAAACACGACUGUCCCAGACUGUUUCGUCGGACUUUCACCGACUCAUGUCUGUGUGUGUGUGUGUGUGUGUGUGUGUGUGUGUGUGUGUGUGUGAGAGAGAGAGAGAGAGAGAGAGAGAGAGAGAGAGAGAGACCCUUUUAAUUGUUUCUUCGUAUUUUGGGGGGGAGGGUAAUCUUUUCUGRAGGMRSCYUCSGACGCKCUUGGCGUAAUUAGCGGAGACCCUGGUCCUCCGACGAAUACGGGUCGUUGUUAAUUUUCUGGAGGCAGCCUUCGGACGCUCUUGGCGUAAUUAGCGGAGACCCUGGUCGUCCGACGAAUACGAAUACUGCUGGCUUCCGUCGAGCACAAUGUAACACUCAUCGUGAAUGUUAACAAGCUCUCUUUCCGCUCCCGUGGAGUCAUGAUGAGGAUGCACUGAAUGCAGGAGGAGUGGGAACUUCAUCUUACGGUGAAUUUCUGACUGCACAGUGCACACAGACAUAAUGUUGACUCGGUGCAUCAUCGCCCAUGUGCAUCUUCGACCAUGAUUGCCCAUUAACGUCCACGUGGCACUGGAGCCUCUCCUCAGAUCGCCCAAACGGGUAGAUCACAUUCGUGUUUCGUUUUUUUUUUAAUAGAUAAAAAAUGAUGAUGCCUAUUUUUAGCAUGCGAGCCACAGUAGCAUGUUCUUUCCAGCCGAGAGCCUCUGCCUUUGGCCUUUUUCUUACAGCUCUGCGCCUGCAUCUGGACGCGGUUGUGGAUAGGUGCAGAAACUCGCGACUGAUCUGCUUUUCUGCAUCUCUGCGUGAAACACAUCCAGAUUCAGGCGCGUAAUCCAAUC